CCACUUUGACAUACGCUAGCUCGAGCUGAGAGCUGCCGUGCGUGAUCGUCUACCGAUCUUCUCCGGUUCUCUCCUCGUCGGCGUUAGGGUUUUAUACGUGUUAGUUGAUCGGUCGCUAGCUAGCUUGGUGAUAGUUAGAUGGAAGGAGGAGGAGGGGGAGACAAGGGAGGGGCGGCGUCGAAGACGAAGAGCUCCAAGAAGGAGGAGGAGAGCCUGCCGCCGGGGUUCAGGUUCCACCCCACGGACGAGGAGCUCAUCACCUACUACCUCCGCGGCAAGAUCGCCGACGGCAGCUUCACCGCCAGGGCCAUCACCGAGGUUGACCUCAACAAGUGCGAGCCAUGGGAUCUACCCGAGAAGGCGAAGAUGGGAGAAAAAGAGUGGUAUUUCUUCAGUCUUAGAGACCGCAAGUACCCGACCGGUGUGCGCACGAACCGUGCAACUAAUGCUGGUUACUGGAAGACAACAGGGAAAGAUAAGGAAAUUUUCACUGGACAGCCACCGGCUACACAAGAGCUAGUAGGAAUGAAGAAAACACUAGUCUUCUACAAGGGAAGAGCUCCAAGAGGUGAAAAAUCCAACUGGGUCAUGCAUGAGUAUCGACUCCACUUGAAGUCGACUUCUAAAUCAAACAAGGAUGAGUGGGUUGUAUGCCGCAUCUUCGCCAAGAGUCCCGGUGUCAAGAAAUACCCUUCAAACAACACGCACUCUCGGUCCCACCACCCAUACUCACUUGACAUGGUCCCACAAUUCCUUCCUACUCUACUGCAACAUGACCUAUUCACCCGUGGGCAUCACCCUUACAUGAGCCCUGCUGACUUAGUGGAGCUCUCUCGCUUUGCUAGGGGUACGCCGGGGUUGCACCCACACAUCCAACCACACCCCGGGUACAUGAACCCCGCGGCACCAUUCACACUAUCCAACCUCAACCUCAACCUUGGAGCCCCAUCGCCGGCCACGCCAAUGCCGCCACAACAUGUUCUCCAUGCCAUGUCGAUGCCGAUGAACCAGCAAAUAGGUGUUAGUAACCAGGCGGCGACGAUGGAGCAUAUGGUUAGCAAUGGUGUUAUCCCACUGAAUGGAGGGGAUGGAGGUUUUGGCCCAGAUGCAGCUACAGGAGGCGCCGGGAUUAGGUACCAGAAUUUGGACGUAGAUCAGAUGGUGGAGAGGUACUGGCCUGGUAGUUACUGAACAUGUAGGGUGUAACACGCUUUGGGGGGUGCCAAAGAAUUGUUGUAGUAUACGUAGAGCAGGUGA